CCCAGGUACCUCCCCUCUCCUUGCACAGCACAAAGGCGGGCAGAGCACCCUGGCUGGCCCCGGGACAGAGAAGGGAGGGAAGGAGGGAGGGACCUGGGGAGGGGGAGGCCCGAGAGAGCCACCUCCCCCGCCCCCCACGGCCCUCCCACACUCGGGACGGGCGAGGGAGGCGGAACAAAGGCGAGGAGUCUGCUGCGGCGGCGGUGGCUGCAGUGCCGGCGAAGGGAGGCCGGAGGGCGGGCCGGCCACCGGGGCCAACCUCCCCGCGAGUCCAUUUUGUGACUGCAGCAGCCUCGCGCCUGGGAAGCGCAGCUGCGCCAUUGGGCAGCUCGAGCCCGGGCUGCUGCUGCCGGCACACGCACCCCACGAGCAGCUGCAGGAUAUGAUGGAGCUUCUGGAGGAAGACCUCACAUGCCCUAUUUGUUGCAGCUUGUUUGAUGAUCCCCGGGUUUUGCCCUGCUCUCACAAUUUCUGCAAAAAAUGCCUGGAAGGUAUUUUGGAGGGCAAUGUCCGGAAUAUGCUGUGGAGACAAUCCCCUUUCAAGUGCCCCACCUGCCGGAAGGAAACUUCAGCUACAGGAGUCAAUAGCCUGCAGGUCAAUUACUCUCUGAAGGGAAUAGUGGAAAAAUACAACAAGAUCAAAGUCUCUCCCAAAAUGCCUGUGUGUAAGGGUCAUGUAGGACAGCCCCUCAACAUCUUCUGCUUGACAGACAUGCAGCUGAUCUGUGGGAUAUGUGCCACUCGUGGCAGUCAUACCAAGCAUGUCUUCUGCUCUAUUGAAGAUGCCUAUGCUCAGGAAAGGAGUGCCUUUGAAUCACUGUUUCAAGGUUUUGAGACCUGGCGGAGGGGAGAUGCUCUUUCUCGGCUGGACACCUUAGAGACAAGCAAGAGGAAAUCCCUGCAGCUCCUGACUAAGGAUUCAGAUAAGGUGAAGGAGUUCUUUGAGAAACUGCAGCACACUUUAGAGCAGAAGAAGAAUGAGAUCCUGUCUGACUUUGAGACCAUGAAGUUAGCAGUCAUGCAGACCUAUGAUCCAGAGAUCAAUAAGCUCAAUACAAUCUUGCAGGAACAACGGAUGGCUUUUAACAUUGCAGAAGCCUUCAAGGAUGUAUCAGAACCCAUUGUAUUCCUACAGCAGAUGCAGGAAUUUAGGGAAAAAAUCAAAGUCAUCAAGGAGACUCCUUUACCUUCCUCUAAUUUGCCUGUAAACCCUAUAUUUAAGAACUUUGAUACUAGUCAGUGGGAGGGAAUAAAACUAGUAGAUGUGGACAAAAUGUCAUUGCCUCAAGAAACUGUCCCAUUCACCAGCAAGAUUCCUUGGAGCUUUUUUCAGAUACUUGUGGUGCUCUGUCUUGUUGGCCUUCUUGUUUACUUCACUCCUACAGUGUCCCUGGAUGGGUCUUUAUUUGAUGAUUUCUCAAUUUGGAAAGCCCAUCUUUCCAGCUUCAGCUCCUCUUAUCUGACAGAAUCAGCAGAAAUUGCAGAUCAAGCAGUUUUGUACUGGGAACAGGCGGUGGAUGGGGUUUUUGUUUUCAGUGAAAGGUUCAAAAAUUACACUUUGGUGUUGCUGAAUGGUGUGGCAGAAUUUGUUUGCAAAUAUAAACUAUUAUAAAAAUCUGUUGCAAGUACACAAUCCUAUUUCUGUCUUUUGUCCCUAGCUGACAGGACUAACUUACAACCUGUGAAAAAGAUUAAAAAAAAAAACUUGUUAAAGAACACAUACUUUAAACUAGUGGCUCAGUUGGAAUAGCUUCUGGUAGAGAUAUCUUUAUACAGAAGCAUUCCCAUGGAAUCAACAUACUGUUCAUGUUAAAAAAGCUAAGGGUAAAAGUGAAACAUGAUGGAAUCUUGAAGUACCAUUUCUCCUCCUACAUGUUUUUUUAAGCAGGCCUCUCCCUCCCCCAAGUUGGUUUUAUCUAGGCUAUGACAAAAAUGGAGAAAACAGUGAAAACAUAUGUGAUCUAUAACAUUUUGAACAAAUUGCACUACAAUAGUAUAAACUAAUUACUUCACAAACUUACAGUAGAGAUUGUGCUUGGAAAGUGGUAUUUUUUUUCUAUUGAUGAGACAUCUCCAGAGCAAGACAUUUUGAAGAGCUGAACUUAUUUGAUUUUCCUUUUUUUAAUCUAGUGAUGGUCCAAUUUAUUGUUGAAUCUCUGUGUUAACUAAAAUAACUAGUUUACAUUUUUUUGUGGGGUGAAUUAAUAUUUUCAGCUUUUUUCCACCUUAAUAAUGUAAUUUAUCCUUGAUAUACUCUGCCCUAUUAUAUUCUUAAAUGAUCUCUAAAUAUCUUAAAAUAGUAAGAGCCUGUGUAAUUUAGAACUAUACUUAAAAAUGUUAGUUUUUUGAUAUAACAAUUUUAGGUUAUUUUUUAAAAAAUGCUUUUAUACCUUUGCUAUGACCCACAGUGCUUAAAAAAAGAGUUGCAGGUUUAUGUAGUUAAAUAUGGGAAAUUGUUUUUACUCUUUUUCCCUUGGAUCAGAACUCUACAGAUACAGAUGAAGGUAAGAAAUAGGCCCGACAUAUGGCAGGAGCAGCUCCCCUGGAUGUCACCAGCAGGUAAAUGCCUUUAUUUCUGUGUUCCAACUGGAGCUAAAGUAUCAAGGCAGCUGAACUACUAAGUGAAUCCUCAUAUUUAAGGGUAUAGCUUUGUUGUUUUUGUUUUUAAGAAGAGGAAUAAAGCUGGUUAGUCACUUGCUGUGACAGAUGAAAUGUAACCUGUAAGCAGGUUAUCGGGCAAACACUACCCUACCUGCUGGCAUGAAAACACUGUUGCCUGUCUUCUGCAGAGCACAUCCUUAUUAUUAUUUCUCUUACUUGGCCAGUUCCCCAGAGGCAUAAAAAGUGGAUCUUAACUUGAAACUGCUUUGCUCUCUACCUGAGCAGUAGUGAAACAGGGUGUGCUACUUUAAUUGGAAAUUCAUUUCAUUUUUAAUAACUAGAGGAAUUUCAUGAAGAUGAGUAGGACAACUUGGUUCCCUUUUCUUCACUAGAAGUAGGGGAAGGUAAUGACUUGAAGGACUUUUCUAUCUAAAAUUCUUUGUUUCUGGACAGGAGAGAAGAAAAGGAAGCCAAGUCAAGAAGCUAGUUAAGAUGCAGAAUUUUUUUUAGGAUGUUGUUUAAAUUUUAGGGAAUUAAAAUCUGGGUGAAGUACUGGCUGUAUCCCACCUAAAUAUCAUGGUCUAACACUACAACUUUAAUUAGAAGGCAUCAGGUUAUUUUAUACUGAAUGAAUUAUAAACAAUUCCAUAGAUUUCUUGCUCCCUCCUCUAAUUUACUAUUCUCCAUUGCAUCCAUGAGAAUAUUUCUUUAUACAGAGAAAUCAGAAUUUACCUUUUACAAAAGUGGUUUAGAAUUUUAUUUUGAAAUUGUUAAUUCCUUGAAACCUAAAAUCUUUUCAUUAAAUCAUAUUACUACAUAUUACAUAAAUUCAUAUUACUUUGAAGAUAAUCUUUGAUCAGCAGUUUUUUUAAUAUAGUGAAGGACAAAGUUACUGAGUUAGGUUGAAAUUUCUUCUCUAAAGUAUCUAUCUUGACAGCAUUCCAAAAGUACUCAGCCGUUCCACCUUUCAUUUCCUAUAUUGGCAGUUACCAAGCAACCUGACCCUGCAAACAAAGCUGCUGGGUACAGUAUUUACUUUGCUACUGUUACCUGGGAAUCCAAUCUUGUUUCUGUUGCUCCUUCCCUGCUCUCUCACUUAGAUACAACCAAUAUCUAUUAUAGGCUUACUUUACAGUUUAGAAAUAACCAGUUCAGAAAGUCAAACUCUUGCUUUUAAGCCUUUGGUUGGAAGCUAUUAAGGAGAAUGAGUGGUCAGGAACUGGUCACUUUGAAUGUGGGAGGAAAGACAUUCACAACACGGCUUUCCACCAUACGACAGUUCCCUAUGUCUCGGCUGGCACGUAUGUUAGAUGGUCGGGACCAAGAAUUCAAGCUGGUGAAUGGCCAGAUUUUUGUGGACAGAGAUGGGUUGCUGUUCAGUUAUGUCCUGGAUUUCCUGAGAACUCGACUACUUUCUUUACCCACUGACUUUUCAGAUUAUUCAAGGCUCCGAAGGGAGGCUAAUUUCUAUGAACUUGAUCCUCUGGUUGAGCUUCUUGACCAAGAACUGCUAAAGCCUAAGCCAGAAAUUUUAGAGGUACGUUUUACGUGCCAGGACACUCGAGCCUUUUUCCGGGUCUUUGGCUCUUGUAGCAGCACAAUUGAGAUGUUAGCUGGGCAGAUUACAGUGUUUAUAGAGCAGCCUUCUGCCCAAACCUGGAGCAGUAGCUCUUUCCCUGCUCAGACGACCUUUCUUCCAUUUCCACCACAAAGACCUUCAUACCAUGACCUGGUUUUCCAGUGUGGCUCUGAUAAUACUACUGGCAACCAGGCCAAAGCCAGGUAUUCUUUUCUAUUUCAAUAUGGCUCCUUGCCUCCUCCCCUCCCUCCCUUUUUGUCCAAAUCUUUGAUGUUUUUAUAAAAACAAAAUUUCUAAUGCCUAAGAUAAUUAUUUUCCUAGAAAAUUUUUGUUGUUCAAAAUGGUGCUUUGGGACUACUAAGUGGGGUGUGAAACAAAGGAUUAUUUAUACAUCAGUUGUUCCACUGCCAAUGAAACUGUCUUUUAUUCGUUAGAAAAUUUUAUUUUCUUAACAGAAAUUCUUUCACUUUGACUCUUACCCCUUUAUGGUCUGUGGGCCUGCCGCCUCCCCCCCUCCCCCAAGGGGUUUCUUCCUUUUUUUUUUUCAAAACACUUCCAAGGGAAGAUGUUUCUAUCCCAGUGGCUAUUUUUCCAUGUUUCAUCUUCAGCAUUUAACUUCUUAGUCAUCUCAGAAUAUAUUAAUGAUGGUAUGUCAACAUAUUAAAGGUGGUUUUGUGACAAUAUAUUUUAAUGCUAGGUUCUUUACAGUAUCCUAAAGCUGGCUUCCAGUAAGUUGCUACAUAGAGGUUAUUUAAUAACUAUAUUAAUGUUUAAUAUGGUUAUAAAAGCUUACCUAAAGUUCUUAGUACUUUUCAUUCCCCUGUGUUACUAAAGGCGUAAGAUGGCAUUUCUUUAUGUGAAACUAUGACAGGAUGUGUACUUCGUUGAUUAAAUUUAAAAUGUGUGUAUAAAGAGACAGCUAGCAUGUUGUGGGGUAUUGUCCUAAGCUUUAAAAGUUAAUAUGAAGGACAACCAUACUUAGCACAUACUUUAGUGGUACUGUCUUAAUCAUGAGUGGGUGGCUAAUGAUUACAUUGAGAAAGGGAUAUGUUAAGCUUUUUUAUUUUAUGGAGGAAUUAAUAGUUAUAUUGGAAUCUUUCAUAAAAAUUAGAGAAGUGAGGAUAAAAUUAAAGAAUAUUUUAGCAGAAAUAUUCCAGGAGAGUAAAAAAGAAGAGUUUGAACAAACUAUAGGCUUUGGGUGCACAUAUACAUAACACAGAGGUUUUUUGGAAUAAAUUGUAAUGAAAAGUCUGACAGGCAAAAUAAAGAAACUUAAGAUGGGAACCAGGGAUGGUCAGGCAUUGCCAAGUAACAUACUUCUGUUUCUUGGUUAUGUUUUUUAGGGGCUAGGCUAAUUUUUAAAUCUUAAUGUGAGAAUAGUAUUAAUAUCUUUAACUCUUGUUAUUUUAGUAGUUUCACCACCAGCAUCUAUUGACAAAAGUAUUGAUUAGUUGAUCUUAUGGAUUUCUUCUUAGCCAAAUGACAUAAGAUCUUCUUUUAAGCAGUAUUUGCUAUUCUAUUGCAUGCAACAAAUAGAAGGCAGAAUGGUACAGUGAAAAGACUGCUAGAUUGGUACCAAGAGACCAGGUUUAAAAAAGUCACUUAGUGACUCUGGGCCUCAGUUUCCUCACCUAUAAAAUGAAAGUAUUAGGUUAGAUGACCUGAAGUCCCUUCUAGUUAUAAAUAUGAUCCUAUCAUACCAUAUAAGUGUUUUUUGAUCUAUUUAUGAGUGCUAACUUCAGAGAAAGUGGAUAACCUAAAUAAAUGAACAUAUUGGGAUCUUUGAUGCUAGAAUGAAAAAACUCUGACCUUCGAAUCUGAUCAUCUGUCCAAUACUCAAGAAUCUAUUCUUAACGUUAACUCUGUGUACCUUCUGAAAGUUGAGGGAAUGCAUGAGAGCCUGGGUCUUUCUUUUGUCACACUGAGUGAAAAUGCCUGGUGAAGGCCUGGUGAAGAAAAGGGUCAGUUUUGGUCUGACUUUUCUGGCUUUGAAAGAAAACCAGUGAAACCCCAUUGUGUUUGGUAGCCAUCAGCCUAGACAGUAUAUAAUUUGGUUGCAUAAGCAUCUGUUACUACAGUGAUCAAUAGUCGUGUCCAAAUCAUAUGUUAGGUUAGUCUCUUGAAAGCAUGAAUAUUUCCAUUAGCACCAGAAAUAUUUGGAUUUGCUGUUUCCUUGCAGCUGCAACUCAUUUGAUUAAGUCCAAAGUAAUUUCACAGGAUCUUAGGUAUUCUAUUGCAUCUGGUUUCAUAAAUUUGUUUUGUUAUGUUUUAAUUCUAGCUCAAUGGGAAAAUGUGUAAACCUUUUAAAUUUUUUUUAAAAAAUUGCAAAUUGUUUUUGGUUUUUAUUUUACAGGAUAUACCUCUUUAUUUUUCUUAUGGUGCCUUGGAAUCUUUUUACCUCUGGCUUGGGGGUGGGAGGGGAAGGGUAGGGAGGGCGCCUCACAUGGAAUCAUGUUCUUUGAUUCAACUUUUCCUGGUGAUGUACACUACUUUGUAAUUGUUUACCCUGUAUUGUAUAUAUUACAUAGAAUCUGGCUCUUUCAGAUGUUUUAGUAAAUUGUUUUAUUUCUCAAUGUGUUUUUUAUGUUUUAAAUGUGUACUAGGUUAUAUUUUAGACUUUGGGAGUAGGGGGAAAUAUUUUACCAACAUUAAGGAAAAAAGUUAAUUUUUUCAAUAAACAGCUUUCUUUUUUUGGGUAG